AUGCAGGCUAAAAAGCAGGUGUACUACUUUGGAGGUGGUAAGGCUGAGGGUACCCGGGACAUGAAGAUGCUUCUCGGCGGCAAGGGUGCCAACCUCGCUGAGAUGGUGAACAUUGGCCUGCCCGUUCCCCCAGGCUUCACCAUCACCACGGAAGUCUGUGCCGCUUACCAGGUUGAGAAGAAGGUCCCUGCUGAGGUGACGGCGAUGGUCAAGGAGAUGGUCAAGAGGGUUGAGGUGGAAAUGAACAAGGAGUUCGGCAGCCUUGAGAACCCCCUCCUGUUCUCUGUUCGCUCUGGCGCGGCGGCGUCGAUGCCUGGCAUGAUGGACACCGUGCUGAACCUCGGUCUCAACACGGCUACCGUGGAUGCGUGGGUGGCUCGCUCUCCGCACCUGUCCCGCUUUGUCUACGAUUCCUAUCGUCGCUUCAUUACGAUGUAUGCCGACAUCGUGAUGCAGGUCGGGCGCGAGGAUUUCGAGAAAGAGUUGGGCAAGAUGAAGCAGCAGCGUAACACCAAAUUCGACAGCGAUCUCAGUGCUGACGACCUCAAGCAGCUCUCGCAGCAGUACCUCACGCUGUUCGAGAAGAAGACAGGCCAGCCGUUCCCUCAGGACCCGUGGACGCAGCUGCACGCCGCGAUUUGCGCCGUCUUCCGCAGCUGGACGAACCCGCGCGCCGAGAUGUACCGCCGGAUGAACCACAUCACCGGGCUCAUCGGUACCGCUGUGAACGUUCAGGCUAUGGUGUUCGGUAACAUCAACGACAAGUCCGCCACGGGCGUUGCCUUCUCACGCAACCCAUCCACCGGUGAGAAUUACUUCUACGGUGAGUACCUGAUCAAUGCUCAGGGUGAGGAUGUCGUGGCUGGCAUUCGCACGCCCCAGCAGAUCAGCAAGGCCCUCUCGCUGAAGUGGGCCAAGGAGUACGGCGUCACCGAGCAGGAGCGCAUGCGCCGCUACCCGUCGAUGGAGGAGUCCAUGCCUGAGAACUACCACAUGCUGUGUGAUAUCCGCGGGAAGCUGGAGAAGCACUACCGCGACAUGCAGGAUAUUGAGUUCACUGUUGAGAACGGCCGCCUAUGGAUGCUGCAGUGCCGCGUUGGCAAGCGCACGAUUCAUGCCGCGGUGAAGAUCGCCAUUGAUAUGCACAACGAGGGCAUGAUCACCAAGGAAGAGGCGGUGCUGCGUGUGGACCCAGAGCAGGUCAGCCAUUUACUGCACCCCACGAUCGACCCCUCCUCCGUGGCCAAGGCCAAGCCCAUGGGCAAGGGUCUGGCCGCCAGCCCCGGCGCUGCGGUCGGCCAGGUUGUGUUCAACGCGCAAGACGCAAAGGCUUGGGCCAGCAGGGGGAAGAAGGUCAUCAUGGUGCGUCUGGAGACCUCGCCCGAGGACCUGGCCGGCAUGCACGCCGCAGAGGGUAUCUUGACGGCUCGUGGUGGCAUGACCUCACAUGCUGCCGUCGUGGCCCGCGGCAUGGGCAAGUGCUGUGUGUGUGGCUGCGGCGACAUGCAGAUCAAGCAGAAGAAGUUCACACUCCACGGGGUUGAGAUCAAGGAGGGUGACGUCAUCACGCUGGAUGGCAGCCGCGGUCUCGUCUACAAGGGCGCCCUGAAGCUGAAGUCCGUCAGCCUGGAGGGCAACAUUGAGGUUCUCCUCAAGUGGUGCAAGGAGAUCAAGCGCCUGGGCGUGCACGCGAACGCGGACACCCCGAACGACGCCAUGACCGCCCACAGCUUUGGUGCCGAUGGUCUGGGCCUGUGCCGCACUGAGCACAUGUUCUUCGAUAAGAAGCGCAUUAGUGCGUUCCGCCAGAUGAUCCUGGCCGACAAGCUUGCGGACCGUGAGCUCGCUCUUGCCAAGCUGAUGCCGAUGCAAAAGGAGGACUUUAAGGGUCUGUUCCGCAUGAUGAAGGGUAAGCCCGUGACGAUCCGUCUUCUGGACCCUCCGUUGCACGAGUUCCUGCCCACAAAGCCCUCUGCGCAGAGGGCCCUGGCGAAUGAGCUUGGCGUUCCGGUUGAGAAGAUCGAGCAGCGCACGAAGAAUCUUCACGAAGUGAACCCGAUGUUGGGUCUGCGCGGGUGCCGCCUAGGCAUUGUGUACCCGGAAAUCUACAACAUGCAGGUCCGCUCCAUCAUUGAGGCCGCCCUGGAAGUCACGAAGGAAGGCGUAAGCGUCCGCCCCGAAAUUAUGAUUCCCCUCGUUGGCAAGAAGGAGGAGCUUACCUACACCAGGAAGAACGCCGUCGAGACCGCCGAGAAGGUCAUGAAGGCCCACAACAUGCGCGUGGACUACCUCAUCGGUACCAUGAUUGAGGUGCCUCGUGCGGCCAUUACCGCUGAUGAGAUUGCCGAGGAGGCUGACUUCUUCUCCUUCGGCACGAAUGACCUCACGCAGCUGGGCUCCGGGUUCUCGCGCGACGAUGCCGCGUCCUUCCUGCGCCGCUACAUCGACCUUGACAUCUACUCCCGCGAUCCCUUCGAGUCGCUCGACCAAAGCGGCGUUGGCAUACUUGUGAAGAUCGCCACCGAGAAGGGCCGCCAGUCGAAGCCGAAUCUCAAGCUGGGUAUGUGCGGCGAGCACGGUGGAGACCCACAGACAGUCAAGUUCUGCCAUAAGAUUGGCCUUGACUACGUCUCUUGCUCACCGUUCCGUGUGCCUGUAGCGAUCGUGGCCGCCGCGCACGCCGCCGCACAGGAGAAGUUGAACAAGGCCAAGCCUGCGAGGGGAAUUGCUGCAAGCAAGCUUUAA